UCUCAGCGUGCGUUUGUUCGGUUCCGUUGCAGCAAUGGAGUUUGAGCGCCCAACCGCACCGCUCAACUCCGCCAUGACCUACGACGAGGCCUCCAUGGAGCGCAGCAAGAGCUUCGUCAACGCCUUGCAGGAUGUGAAGGUAAGUUUACAUGGAGUUUCUAUAUUUGAAUAAAGCAGGAUGUUUUGAUUGGUGAGCUGAGUGAAAGAGAGUUUAAAAUAAUUUAAUCAGUUUAGUUCAUGGUGAAGAAAGAAAACGAGAAAUUGAGUUCCAGGAAGAGGGAAAGCUGAUGGAAGGAUUUGACUGUAGCAAUUAAAAAUGAACUUAAGAACCUAAGGCCUCAACUGUAUUCUGCUGCAGAAUACUGUGAAAAAUCUUAUCUCCAUAGUGAACAGAAACAAAUGGUUCUUGACAACCUGAAAGAUUAUGCUGUAAGAGCCCUUGUGAAUGCUGUUGAUCAUCUAGGAACGGUUGCAUACAAGUUAACUGACCUUCUUGAGCAGCAAACAUUAGAUGUCUCAACCAUGGAUUUGAAGGUCGCUACCAUAAAUCAGAAACUUCUUACCUGCCAAAUCUACACUGAUAAAGAAGGUCUACGGCAGCAACAACUGUUGGCUUUCAUUCCUAGACAUCAUAAGCACUACAUUUUGCCAAAUUCUAUCAAUAAAAAGGUCCAUUUCAGUCCACACAUCCAGAUUGAUGCAAGACAGAAUCUAUUUCAAACCAGAACCCGUUUACAAUCUUCAGGUACCCCUGCAGCGAAAACUCUUUCAUGGCAUUUAGCAUCAGAGACAAAGUCUACCUUAAAAGGGUCUUCUCAUGCCUCCCCAAACAUCGAGAACCCAAAAUUUUCUGCCAAGGCUUCUGGAGUCUUCCAUCUUUUAGAUAAUGAAGAGAACACCUGGAUGAAAUCCUCACCAGCACAAACUCACUUUCCAAAUGGAGUUCCUCCAUCUAGUACACCUAUUCAUACUUUAGGUGGUACGCGCAAGGAUGCAUUGGAGGGUUCCAAACCGUUGACAGCAUUCAGGUCAUUUGACAACCCAAAUCGGCGCGAGGUUGUCCAAGUCCCUACUCGAAGCAAGAGUGUGCUAUCAGCUUUCUUUGCUAAGCAGAAAACACCAAAGUUGAAGGCCAGUUCUUUCUUAUGAGUACACUCAGAAUUAAUUAGUCUCUCAUUCAAACCUUUGAAUAAUGAUCCUGUCAGUAGCAGCUUCCCUUUCAAUGAUAAAGGCCAGGAUCUUGGUCUUCUACUCGCUCGCUCUUACUCUUCUCAAUUGUCGUCUAUAGUGUUCAGGCAUCUCUAAAAUGUAUAUUUGUGGCAUGCUAUGCAAAAAAAAAAAAACAUUUUUUGUUCUUCAAGUUUUGAUGUAUCACCAAAAUUUUCAAGAUGGGGUCUUAUUCCGAUGUAUUAUACUCUUUACCAGUAAGGCAGACUAUACUAAUGUGGAGUUUUUUUUAAUCAAACUGUUCUUAAAUC